GGGACACGGCCGGGCAGCCCACGCCAAGUAGCCCCGGGGCACCCCGGCCYUGCCCGCCAUGGAGCUGGACAAGGGCGACGUGACCACCCUGAACCUCGCGGCGGGCGGCGGGCACGGCGACGCCGACGGCCCCGUGUGCCUGGACGUGCCCGAUGGCACGCCGGACCCGCAGCGCACCAAGGCGGCCAUCGAGCACCUGCACCAGAARAUCCUCAAGAUCACGGAGCAGAUCAAGAUCGAGCAGGAGGCGCGCGACGACAACGUGGCCGAGUACCUGAAGCUGGCCAACAACGCCGACAAGCAGCAGGCGUCGCGCAUCAAGCAGGUGUUCGAGAAGAAGAACCAGAAGUCGGCGCAGACCAUCGCGCAGCUGCACAAGAAGCUGGAGCACUACCACAAGAAGCUGAAGGAGAUCGAGCAGAACGGCCCCUCGCGCCAGCCCAAGGAUGUUUUCCGGGACAUGCACCAGGGGUUGAAGGACGUCGGGGCCAACGUGCGCUCCAGCAUCAGCGGCUUCAGCGGCGGCGUGGUGGAAGGGGUGAAGGGCGGCCUGUCGGGGCUGUCGCAGGCCACGCACACGGCCGUGGUGUCCAAGCCGCGCGAGUUCGCCAGCCUGAUCCGCAACAAGUUCGGCAGCGCCGACAACAUCGCCCACCUGAAGGACGCGCUGGACGACGGGCACCCCGAGGAGGCGGCGCGGGCUCUGAGCGGCAGCGCCACGUUGGUGUCCAGCCCCAAGUACGGCAGCGACGACGAGUGCUCCAGCGCCACGUCCGGCUCGGCCGCCGGCAGCAACUCGGGAGCGGGGCCCGGAGGGCUGGGCAGCCCCAAGUCCAACACGCUGGACAGCCACCACAACAAUCUGGACGGCAUUUUGGAGGAGCUGCGCGAGAUCAAAGACGGCCAGUCGCACCUGGAGGACUCCAUGGAGGAUCUCAAGGCGCAGCUGCAGCGCGACUACGCCUACAUGACGCAGUGCCUGCAGGAGGAGCGCUACAGGUACGAGCGCCUGGAGGAGCAGCUCAACGACCUGACGGAGCUGCACCAGAACGAGAUGACCAACCUGAAGCAGGAGCUGGCCAGCAUGGAGGAGAAGGUGGCCUACCAGUCCUACGAGAGGGCACGGGACAUCCAGGAGGCGGUGGAGUCGUGCCUGACGCGGGUGACCAAGCUGGAGCUGCAGCAGCAGCAGCAGCAGGUGGUGCAGCUGGAAGGGGUGGAGAACGCCAACGCCCGGGCGCUGCUGGGCAARUUCAUCAACGUCAUCCUGGCCCUGAUGGCCGUGCUGCUCGUCUUCGUCUCCACCAUCGCCAACUUCAUCACGCCGCUCAUGAAGACCCGCAUGCGCAUCCUCAGCACCGCCCUGCUCGUCCUGCUGCUCUUCUUCCUCUGGAAGCACUGGGACUCCAUCAGCUAUUUCCUGGAGCACGUGCUGCUCCCCAGCUGAUCCCCGAAGCCGCUGGGUUCUCGUUUCCCGCGGAGAGGGCGAGGGUCUGGAGCCUCCUCCGCGU